ACGGCUUGUUUUAGCUUUACACAAGCACUUCUUUACUUUCAUAAACAUCAUUAUAUAGCAGCGUACGUGUUAUCAUAGUUUUAUGUGUUGUUUAGCAUCGUUCUGGCCGUUUUGCCGUUUCACAAUUAAUAUCAUAGUAUUGUUUAGAAAUACAUCGCUAUGCUAUCUCUAUCGAUCAAAAUAUGAAAGUAUAAAAUUAGUAUUCAAUUUUAAGAUACAAAGAGGCAUUUGACAAAGGAAAAUAACUGGAGACCACUUUGGAUUUCUCUCGCCGGCUACUUACACGCCUACACUUCCGAUAGCCAUGAAAGUAACCACCAAGCCAGGUUCCUCCCUAAACAACAGUAGAAGCUGCCACAUUGAAGAGGAACAAAAAGCCAACUUGACAGCGCUUUCUGCACUCGCUCCUCUUUCUCCGGGCUAGUCACUGGAUUUCAAUGUUCUGCCUGCGCUUUGUUUUCUGUGUUAACUUGGGCCGGACCUAUAUGGCGUGUGUGAGCUGGGAAUUUUGCCAGGCACAGCACCUCACGACUGUGGAGAAGUGAAUCGGCUGCCCCCUGAAAGACUACGCUACCCAAAAACCCCCUUGAUUGGCCAUUGUCCUUGGAAGCGCCCACUUUGGAAUACAAAAAAAGCCCUCCUGGAUAUCGCGAAGUCCUUGGCCAGACUGCCCCGCCAAUACAACUCUUUGCUUUCCGCUUUCUCUUUGACAGCCAAUCACAAACAGCUCUCCUGAAUGGGCCGUCUCGCCAACAUGAACCGCCCCGCUGCAGUCGAGAUUACCUACGAGUGCAUGAGGUUCCUCAUCACCCACAAUCCUACCAAUGCCACCCUUAACAAGUUCACCGAGGAGCUAAAAAAGUUUUCAGUGCACACACUGGUGAGAGUGUGCGAAGCCACCUAUGACAAGGCCCCUGUGGAAAAGGAAGGGAUCCAGGUUUUGGAUUGGCCCUUUGAUGAUGGUGCCCCUCCCCCUACCCACAUUGUGGACGACUGGCUCAAGCUCCUCAAUACUAAGUUUCGAGAGGAACCUGGUUGCUGUAUCGCUGUGCAUUGUGUUGCAGGGCUUGGCCGUGCUCCGGUCUUGGUGGCCUUGGCUCUCAUUGAGAGUGGGAUGAAGUAUGAGGAUGCUGUUCAGUUCAUAAGGCAGAAGAGACGCGGGGCCUUCAACUCCAAACAGCUUCUUUACCUCGAAAAAUAUCGACCGAAAAUGCGUCUGCGCUUCAAGGAUCCCAACGGCCACAGCUGCUGCGUGCAGUAAAGCCAGCCCGCCACCACCUGCCUAUGCACCUCGAGCGGGAGGGGGGAGGGUAAAAAUAUGUGAGAAGAGUGCUAUCAGUAAUUGUUGUGAUGAUUUGUAAACACUGAGUCAUGGUUAGUUGAACAGAGAACAAGCGAGUAAUCGAAUGAAAUGGAUUCCGAUCGUGGGGGUACACCAGCUGAACCAAUGAAUGGAAGGUCAAAGCACACAGACGGGCCCACCUCCCCAGUUCUACUGUCAAUCACCUCGGCCCAUUAUCGUUUUCAACUACAGUCCAUCCUGUUGUUCAGUUUUGUAUUUUUUUAUUUUUGCCCCUUUCCUCCCACCUCAUUCAUCUAUAACCGUGGGAUCUAUUAUACUUCCAUUUUGUGAAUUCUUUUCUAAUUUAGACAUACAGUGGUAAUGAAUGGAUGCAAUAUGAAAUGGUCUGAUUUUUAUUCCAGAAAGUAAUGAAUUUUAUGAUUGGAACCAAUUAAUGUAUGUUAUAAAACAUUUGUAAACUUAUCGUGACUGUCCAUUUUGGUAUUUGGGGUGUUUUUUUUUUUUUUUCUCCCUCACUGAAAAUGCAGUAAUGAGUCCCCAUUUCUUUCACAUGUGUUAAGUCACUUUCAUUUUAAAGGAUCACAGUUUGAAUGUGUCUGCAAUAUUUAUUCACAAGGUGAUAUGUGUGGGAGUUACAAGUUUGGCAGGGGGCAAGGACACUGAUUUCCAAUCUUUUUAUUUUCUUUUGAGAGCCAUGUCUUUAUUUUAAACUAUUUUUUCUUGGAGUGCAAUAAUCUGUCCACCUCAUUAAAGCCCACCAAACUGCCGUGACAGCCUGCACACAUGCACAUUUACAUCAGAGAUGUGUACAGGAAAAAACCCAGCAACCUCUGGAAUAAGGUACAUCUUGUUUUUCACAGUGCAACAAUAGGAUUCCCCAUAAUAGGCGUGCACACAGCCUGAGAUUGCCCCCAUCUGAAAGCAAAGCGGAAAAGAAUGAAAAUGGUCUUUUUUUAUUUUUAUUUUAUUUUUUUUUAAAUCUUGUUCCCAUUUUGAAAACAUCCCCAAUUCGUAUUGGUUCUUUAAAGAUCAAUAAAUUGAAUAAAAAAAUAAACAAAAAA